UCACUAGUCACCUUCCCCCUUUUCCCUCCCUUCUAAUUUUCACUCCCACUCUCCUCCUCCUGUCCAACGUCUCUUUUCUCUUCCUUCUCUUUCUAACCACGGUUAGCCCCUCUAAACCCUAGAAACUAUCCUUCAAAUGCAAGACCUCUUUGGAUCGGUUCGUCGAUCCCUAGUGUUUAAAUCCACCUCUGGAGAAGAUGGAGGAUUCAGUGGUUUAGUGGAGAAGAUCGGCUCCAGCAUUAGGAAAUCACGAAUCGGUCUCUUCUCCAAGCAGCCACCUCUGCCGGCGCUUCCUCCUUGUAAGAAAGAUGACACGCCACCGAUCCGGUGGCGAAAGGGGGAGUUGAUUGGAUGCGGUGCGUUCGGCAGGGUUUAUAUGGGCAUGAAUCUCGAUUCUGGAGAGCUUCUCGCUGUUAAACAGGUUUUGAUUGCGGCAAAUAGUGCUUCGAAAGAAAAAACGCAGGCUCACAUAAGGGAGCUUGAGGAAGAAGUGAAGCUUCUCAAGAAUCUUUCGCAUCCGAAUAUUGUUAGAUAUUUGGGAACUGCUAGAGAGGAUGACUCAUUAAACAUUCUGUUGGAAUUUGUUCCGGGUGGUUCCAUAUCAUCACUUCUGGGGAAACUUGGAUCCUUCCCUGAGUCUGUAAUACGAAAGUAUACAAAACAACUGUUAUUGGGGCUAGAAUACCUACAUAAGAAUGGAAUCAUGCACAGAGACAUCAAGGGGGCAAACAUUCUGGUUGAUAAUAAGGGAUGCAUUAAACUUGCCGACUUUGGAGCAUCCAAGAAAGUAGUCGAACUGGCUACCAUAAAUGGUGCCAAGUCAAUGAAGGGUACUCCCUACUGGAUGGCUCCUGAAGUUAUUCUCCAGACUGGGCAUAGCUUCUCUGCUGAUAUAUGGAGUGUUGGAUGUACUGUGAUUGAGAUGGCUACAGGGAAACCUCCAUGGAGCCAGCAGUAUCAAGAGGUUGCUGCCCUCUUCCAUAUUGGGACAACUAAAUCUCAUCCUCCCAUUCCUGAGCACCUUUCUGUUGAGGCAAAGGACUUUCUGUUGAAAUGUUUGCAGAAGGAGCCAAACUUAAGGCCUACUGCAUCUGACCUGUUGCAGCAUCCAUUUGUCACUGGGGAGUAUCAGGAACCUCAUUUACUGCUCCGCAAUUCAGUUAUGGGAUCUGGGAAUCCGAUGGCAACAACUGGGAUGAAUCUUAAGAACUCCAUGAAUGUGUUUAGAGGGUCAACCUGUGCAGGCUUGAAGGAUGUUUGUGAAAUGGGUAGCAUGAUGUCCUCAACUGUAUAUCCUCAGAACCUACCAGUAUCAGGAUCCUACUGGGCUGAAGCCAAUUUUGAUGAUGAUAUGUGUCAAAUAGAUGAUAAAGAUGAUUUUGUGGUUAGUGCAUCAGCUAGGUUCAAGUCUACAUUUGCAUCUGCUGAUUUAAAUAAGAGCUUCAAUCCUAUGUCUGAACCCAUUGAUGCGUGGUCAUGCAAGUUUGACGAGAGUCCAGAAUCAAAGAGUGGUGGAAUUAACUUCUCUUCUAAUCAGUCAAUCCAUGACAUUGCUGUCAGCCCUGUAGAAUCUGGUAAAACAGAGAAUGGCUUCACAUUUCCAUGUGGACCAGUAGCAACUGAGGAUGAUGAUGAAGUUACAGAGUCAAAAAUUAGAGCCUUUUUGGAUGAGAAGGCUUUAGAUUUGAAGAAGCUGCAAACACCUCUAUAUGAAGAGUUCUACAAUACAUUGAAUGCAGUGGAUCCUCCAAGUACUGUUGGAACUGCAAAUAAUGAAAAUAUUACAAAUUUUCCAAACUUACCCCCUAAAAGCAGGUCACCUAAAAGGUUACCAAGCAGAAGACUCUCUGCACUUGAUGCCAUCAACUCUGUUAGUCCUGGUAGUGCCAACAAUAAAGUAUCAACUGGGAGUAGCAUCCAGAAACGGGCAUUGCAGGAGAUUCAGCAACCUCAAGUUAAUGAGUCGAAAGAUCUGCUUCUUGAUGCCCAGCAGGAAACAAUUACUCCUAGUUUAAUUUUCAGUGCAAGCUUUUCUGAGAGGCAAAGAAAAUGGAAAGAAGAACUUGAUGAAGAGCUUGAAAGAAAACGAGAGCUGAUGCGCCAAGCAGGCAUAGGUGGGAAGACAUCAUCUCCAAAGGAUCGGAUUCCAACCCAACAGAGAGAGCGACUACAUUUGGUAUUCCCAGGCAAAUAAUUACACUUAUCUUCCUUGGAAAAAUUAUGAUUUUCCAUGGUGAGUUUUAAUGUAUGUAUUCAUAUAUGGUGAAAAUGGUGUCUAAUAAGAUAAAGUAGCCACCUUGCCACAAGGAACCUUUCCAUCCAUUGUAUUGUGCCUUCGUGGUUCAGCCAAAAAAAAAAUUAUGAGAAAUAUCUUUUUGUGUGCAUUUUAGUUUUUCCCUCCCCUUUGAGGUUAGUUAAGUUGUAAGUGGAUGCGAGAUUUGAAUAGAGAAGUUUUUCUUUUUUUGGUUC